AUGGCCGAUUUGGGUGGCAGGUCCGAGCAGCCGCAGCUCCCUGAGUACAGCUGCAGCUACGUGGUGUCGCGGCCGGUGUACAGUCAGCUCGCCUGGGAGGAGCAGUACGAGCGGCGCUUGCCAGAGCGCAAGACCCUGCGGGAGCGCCUGGCGCAGAGCUGCAGUUGUUCAAGAAAGAAAAGCCUUCGUGUGCUAAAGACUCUCCUGCCCAUUUUGGAGUGGCUCCCCAAAUACCGAGUCAAGGAAUGGCUGCUUAGUGAUAUCAUUUCAGGAGUCAGUACUGGCCUGGUGGCCACACUGCAAGGCAUGGCAUAUGCUCUACUAGCUGCAGUUCCUGUUGGAUAUGGUCUCUAUUCUGCAUUUUUUCCUAUCCUGACAUAUUUUAUCUUUGGAACAUCAAGACACAUCUCAGUUGGACCUUUUCCAGUGGUCAGCUUAAUGGUGGGAUCUGUUGUUCUGAACAUGGCCCCUGAUGAACACUUUAUCAGUAAUGAGACUACGCCAAAUUCAACUGUGAUCGAUUUUGAAGCUAGAGAUAAAGCGAGAGUAUUGAUUGCAAGCACCCUCACUCUUUUGGUUGGAAUUAUACAGUUGGUUCUUGGAGGUUUGCAGAUUGGGUUCAUUGUGAGGUACUUGGCAGAUCCUCUGAUUGGUGGAUUUACAACUGCAGCAGCCUUCCAAGUACUGGUCUCACAGCUCAAGAUCGUCCUCAAUGUUCCGACCAAAAACUAUAACGGAGUUCUUUCCAUUAUCUACACACUGCUUGAGAUCUUUCAAAACGUUGGCAGCACCAAUAUUGCUGAUUUCAUCGCUGGAUUACUUACCAUUGUUAUCUGUAUGGCAGUUAAGGAAUUAAAUGAUCGAUUUAAACACAAAAUUCCCAUCCCAAUUCCUAUAGAAGUAAUUGUGACAAUAAUUGCUACUGCCAUUUCAUAUGGAGCCAACCUGGAAAAAAAUUACAAUGCUGGCAUUGUUAAAUCCAUCCCAAGGGGAUUUUUGCCUCCUGUGCUGCUUCCUGUGAGCUUGUUUUCGGAGAUGAUAACGGCAUCCUUUUCCAUCGCUGUCGUCGCUUACGCUAUUGCUGUGUCUGUAGGAAAAGUAUAUGCCAUCAAGCAUGAUUACACCAUUGAUGGGAACCAGGAGUUCAUUGCCUUUGGGAUCAGCAACAUCUUCUCAGGAUUCUUCUCGUGUUUUGUGGCUACCACUGCCUUGUCACGUACUGCUGUCCAGGAGAGCACUGGGGGAAAGACGCAGGUUGCUGGCAUCCUCUCUGCUGUGAUUGUCCUGAUUGCCAUUGUUGCCCUGGGAAAGCUGCUGGAACCCUUGCAGAAGUCGGUCUUGGCAGGUGUUGUGAUUGCCAACCUGAAAGGAAUGUUUAUGCAAGUGUGUGAUGUUCCCCGUCUGUGGAGACAGAAUAAGAUCGAUGCGGUGAUCUGGGUGUUCACCUGCCUGGCAUCCAUUAUUCUGGGGCUAGAUCUUGGUUUACUAGCUGGCCUUAUGUUUGCAUUAUUGACAGUGGUCCUGAGAGUUCAGUUUCCCUCAUGGAGUGGUCUUGGAAGCUUCCCUAGCACAGACAUCUACAGAAGUAUCAAGAGUUACAAAAAUAUUGAAGAACCUGAAGGAGUGAGGAUUCUUAGAUUUUCUAGUCCGAUUUUUUAUGGCAACAUCGAUGGUUUUAAAAAAUGUAUCAAAUCCACAGUUGGAUUUGAUGCUAUUCGAGUGUAUAAUAAGAGACUGAAAGCACUGAAGAAAAUACAGAAACUCAUCAAGAAAGGACAAUUAAGAGCAACAAAGAAUGGCAUUAUAAGUGAUGCUGCCGCGUCAAACAGUGCAUUUGAGGCCGAUGAUGAUAUUGAAGAUCCGGAGGAACUUGACAUCCCAACCAGAGAAAUAGAGAUUCAAGUGGAUUGGAAUUCUGAUCUUCCAGUCAAAGUGAACGUUCCGAAAGUUCCAAUCCAUAGUCUUGUGCUCGACUGUGGCGCUGUGUCGUUCUUGGAUGUUGUUGGCGUGAGAUCGUUGAGAAUGAUUGUCAAAGAAUUCCAAAGAAUUGGUGUGAAUGUGUACUUCUCAUCGCUUCAAGACCACCUCAUACAGAAGCUGGAGCAGUGUGGUUUCUUUGAUGAGAACAUUAGGAAAGACAUUUUCUUUUUGACCGUCCAUGAUGCUGUACUCUAUCUUGUGAACCUGGUCAAAACUCAAGAGAUUCAAGAUUCUCUUUUAGAAACGAUCUCACUCAUACAAGACUCGAAAGAUCCUCUUGAAUUAAUGCAAGCAGAGCUGAUGGUAGAAGAACUUGAUGUCCAGGAUGAGGCUAUGCGCACACUUGCUUCUUGA